GUUUAUAUGUUAUAGUGUGAGCCAAUAUUAAAGUGCAUUUGAAUUAAAUGAAUUGUUCACUUUAUUCUAAAGAUAUUCCUAAGUUAAUACCGUUUGUGAAUUAAAUGUGUAGGUCACUAUACAUUUGUAUUGGGGAUAAAUACAAGCUAGCACAUACAGUAUUGUAUUACCAUAAGGAUAUAACUGGUGCAGUGGAGCAUUAUAACUCAGCAUCUAUUAAGAAAAUCUCAUAUGUGAAUGGACUUCAUAUUAGUGUGAAAUAAGGGAAUUACUUGGUAAUCAUUCUUGUCCACAGACCUGUUUAACAGAAGAAUGGUUAAGAGGCAGGAUGAAGUCAAAGGUUUGGAAAUCGAGGUUAUGUAAAUACAUGGUGAUAUUUGCAGGCAGUUUGAUUGGGAUACAGCUAAUCAUACAUUCAAACACUCUUAAUUCAAGUACAGAAGAAAGGCCUCCACAGAAUCUGGAUCAUUUAUUUGCUGACCAAACGACUCCGUUAAAAUUAACAAUGUGCAAUAUCAUAAAUAAAAGAUCAAAGAGUGACAAAAUCUCAGAUGAAAUCUGUUCUCCAUUGCAUGAGUUAACCAAUGGUAUUUGGAGGCCAAAAAAUGUCACAAAAGAGGAGAUCAAAAAGGUCAAAGAUUAUGAAAGUUUAGCAUUAAAGACUCGACAAAUAACCCAAACAUUGGAUAGAAUUGAUGGCCGAUGUGGGGAUAUGUCAUUACUCAAAGAAACAUUUAGUAGAUAUAUAGUCUAUGACCCAGGUGAUGUUAAGCUCCGCAUGAGAGCCCUCUGUGACCCUGAUGGGCCUACCCCAUGUUGUUACAAAAAUCACUGUGUGAAUCUCCCUGUAAAUCAAUGUCAAUGUGAUAACUGUUAUGAUAUGAGACAAAGACACCAUGCUGAACUAUCUCAAUGGGUCCCAGUUAACCCAAAGUGCCAUGUAAAACAUUAUAGUCCCAAUGAGGCAUGUGGGAUACUAACAAAGGUGUUUGACCAUAUUGUGGUUAUGGGGGACUCGCUGAUGAGACAUGUCUUCUCAUCUCUGCUGGUAUUACUCAGGACUGGGGCAAACGCAGGCAGCUGUCUUAAGCCAGGAGUCAGUGAGGAUGUAAAAGCGAAAUGUCAUGGCUACUACCAACUUCUUGACAAAGAAUGCAACAGUUUCAACUUAUGGAGGAACGCAACAGUUUGUGAUGGCAAUCUCCGUGUUACAAUGCUCAGCUUAGAGUCAAUCAACGAACUACAAACUAGAAAAUCUGAACUAAAAGAUCUGAAAUUAAAUUCCAAAAGUUUUCUCAUCAUGGGAACUGGCUUACAUGAUGAUUUUAAUGCUGAGAAGCUGAUUUUAGGCUAUAUCAACCCAACAUUAGAGAUGAUUCUACAAGGUGUAAACCCCAAGUAUCACCAUGGUGAUCGACCUAUUUCAAUUCCACACACAAAGGAUCUAAAAAACAUUAGGAUCACAAAAAACAUACAAACAGAUUCUCACAUGGUGCAAUCAAUAUAUCACAAAGAAAGAAUUUCCAAUACAGGAUAUUUACCAGGAAAGGACAAUGAACAGAAAGACAAAUCAGCCAUUAAGCAUUACAGAACACUCCUGUCAUCAGAUACGAGUGGUGAUCAACAACUAUUGGAAAAUACAAAAUAUGAGAGUGUUCCAAAAGUUUUAUGGUUAAAUACCCAUCUUCCAGGCCUGCUAAAAUCUAUCCAUCAAGUUCGCCAGGAUGUACAACAUACCAAACAGUUCAACAGACAUGUGGAUGCGUACCUCAGAAAGCUAUGUGUACCAGUAAUGAAUACUGAAGAAUUGUCAAAAAAUGUCUUUAGUUUUGAUGGGACACAUUAUGGCUUAGGAAUGAAUCUUAUAAAAGCCAAAAUUAUUUUAAACUAUGUAGCAAAGCUAAGUAAUGAAGUUCGAUAG